CACGUUGAACCAACGUGGAAUAGACGUUGAAUUGACGUCUGUGCCCAGUGGGUAGAGACACAACCCCACCUAGAGCAUCUUUACUAAGCAAGUGCUCUCUAAAAGUCAAAGCCUUGCAAUGGGUGUGAUGUAGGCGUGGAUAUCUUGGAGACUGAGACAGAGUGGUGAACGAACAUUCCUUCGCGUCAAAGGAGUUCCAUAAACACGGAACCCGGAACACUGUCAUCUCGUUGCAAACAUUUUUGACCUCUUGAGGAGAGAAGGAAAGCAUCCAUUGCUCAGGUUGAACUUCAACAAACUCUUACGGGUUUUCAAAUUACUUUCACCUGACUGAUCCAGACUGGACCACAGCAUGCCUAUCCUGGAGAGAGAGCCGGCGAAAGGCCGCAGGGAAAGCUAUGACCUGCCCAAGGUGCCUGUUCCACCCCUGAAGCAGACCCUGGACAUGUACCUGACCAGUAUUAAACACCUGGUGAAGGAGGAACAGUACCGGAAGACGAAAUCCAUCGUGGAGAAGUUUGGGGAACCAGGUGGCACUGGAGAGCUGCUGCAGAAGAAGCUACUGGAGAAGAGGGACAACACACACAACUGGGUGUAUGGCUACUGGCUUGACGAUAUGUAUUUGAAUCAGAGAUUGGCCCUACCAGUCAACUCCAAUCCUGCCAUGGUCUUCCCAAAACAAGACUUUAGAGAUCACAAAGACUCACUCAGAUUCGCUGCUCACCUCAUCACAGGAGUUCUGGAGUAUAAGGAACGAAUUGACACGCGGGAGUUGCCAGUGGACUUUUCUCGGGGCCAGCUGGCAGGGACCCCUCUGUGUAUGAAGCAAUACUACCGUCUCUUCAACACAUACCGUCUGCCCGGCCUCAAGAGGGACACCCUCAUCAUCCACGAGACUGGGUCCACGGAGCAGGAGCACAUCAUCGUUGCAUGCAAGAACCAGUUCUUUGUGUUGGAUCUAGUGGUAAAGGAGAAAAAACUGAAAGAAAUGGACAUCUUAACCCAGCUGGAGAAGAUAGUGAAGAUGGCGGAGAACUCAGAGGAGAGACAGCCUCCGUUUGGUCUGCUGACAUCUGACGGAAGAACAGAAUGGGCCCAGGCUAGAGACGUACUCAUUAAAGAUUCAGUUAACAGAGAGUCGUUGGCUGUGAUCCAGAAGUGUCUGUGUGUGGUGUGUCUAGACGGCCCCAGUGGAAUGGAGGUUGGGGACACCAGUCGAGCACUGCUGAUGCUCCAUGGAGGAGGCCAUGAGAAGAUGGGGGCGAACCGCUGGUAUGACAAGCCAAUGCAGUUUGUUGUAGGGGAGGAUGGAGUCUGCGGAACGGUGUGCGAGCAUUCACCCUUCGAGGGAAUAGUUCUGGUGGCGUGUACUGAAUACUUGAUGAAAUUCAUGACAGGAAGUCCCUCCAAGAUGGGGAGGGCCACCAGCGUGUCGGAGCUUCCUACUCCUCGCAGACUGCUCUGGAAGACCACGCCCCACAUCCAGGGCCUCCUGAAGGCCUCUGCUGAGAGACUGCAGAGGUUGGUUAGAGAUCUUGACAUGGAUGUACACAAGUUUGAGGUCUAUGGAAAAGAAUUCAUCAAGAAACAGAAGAUGAGUCCAGAUGCGUACAUACAGGUCGCUCUACAACUGGCAUUUUACAGAUGCAAUGGACGGCUGGUGUCCACUUAUGAGAGUGCUUCUAUCCGUCGUUUCCACGAGGGCCGGGUGGACAACAUCCGCUCUGCGACCCCCGAGGCUCUGGCCUUCGUGAAGGCCAUGACGGACGAGAAGACAUCUCUCUCUGACUCAGAAAAGAUGAAACGAUUGUGGGAUGCGAUUAAUGCCCAGACAAAUUCCACAAUUGCAGCUAUUACAGGGAUGGGAAUAGACAAUCACCUUCUAGGACUCAGAGAGAUCUCACAGGAGAUCCAUAUGGAGGUGCCAGAGAUCUUUACAGAUCAAACCUAUGUGGCCAGUAACCAGUUCAUUCUCUCCACCAGUCAGGUCCCCACCACAGUGGAAAUGUUCUGUUGUUAUGGUCCGGUGGUCCCUAACGGUUAUGGGUGCUGCUACAACCCGCAGGCAGAUCACCUCCUCUUCAGCGUGACCAGCUUCCACGGCAGCACCGAGACAAGCUCGGCCGUUUUUAUCAAGGCUUUGGACCAGGGCCUCGUAGAGAUGAGGGAUCUGUGCAGGAAGAGAAAUAAGCCUCAGAGCAACACUGCUGCUGCCUCGAAGGCGGUUGAGAAAAGCCAAGGAGCUGGCAGCAAGCCUCUGAGCACACCUCAGAAAACAGGGAAAUAAGUCAUACUGAGGUAUCAUUACGGUGUCCAUAUUAGGACAGCCUCAGUAGUUCCACUCAACUUCCCACAGAUUACGGUGUCCAUAUUAGGACAGCCUCAGUAGUUCCACUCAACUUCUGACACGUGUCCAGGUAUGUCGUGAAAGUAGUGUUAGCUAGUUGUCCUGUGUGUAUAUUUCGGUGUUUGUGCGAUGAAGUUGAUGUUUUUUACGACUUUAUCUCUCGAGUCAAUAUGAACAUCCUUAACUAUGUAACAAUGUACAUACAACUAAUAAGGAAGGAAAACAUAUAGAUGUAGAAAAUAUAAUGUAGACGCUCUCAUUCACCAUUGAUACUCUGUGGGAGUCUAGAUAGAGCAUAGCUCACUGGUCUGGUAAUAGGAAACUAAAGCCAUGCCUGCUAUUUCAGCGCUGUAGUGACGGACAGUUCCUCUUCACCCAGAGAAUGAAUGAACUUGACCCUAAAUGAUCUCGGCGUAUGUAGUCUCAACGUACUGUUUAUUCAGCUUUGUCGAUACAACUCCUAAAUAUAUAUAUAUCGGAAUAUAUCGUUAUCAAUAUAUUCACAUUUAUCGUGCAAACAUUGAUCACAUUGUAACUAAUGGGAUUCAAGUCCGGACGACACCCUAACCCCUAGGGAAAGAGCAAACGUAGGAACUAGGUUUAAAGGUCAUCACUAUAAUGAUGCUGUUAAAGAGGGAUAUCUAUCUAGUAAAGGCUAAAGCAGGUCUCUCCAACCCUGUUCCUGGAGAGAUACUGUCCUGUAGGUUUUAACUCCAACCCUGUUCCUGGAGAGAUACCGUCCUGUAGGUUUUA